GAGCAGUACGACUGGUGGAGCAUCAAGCAGGCAUUCGCAAUCGAACCUCGUGGCCACACGAUUCAGAAUGUUGGAUCAGUACAUACGAGAGGUGGCCGGGCACUAUUCUUCCCCAACCUCCUCCAACACCAAGUCUCUCCCUUCGAACUGGCAGAUCCCUCGAAGCCUGGCCAUAGGAAGAUUGUGGCUCUCUUCCUUGUCGACCCAGCCAUUCCUAUCAUAAGCACGUCGAACGUGCCGCCUCAGCAGAAGCACUGGUGGCCUGCUGAGCCUAAGACUGAUUCACUGCUCGCCUCAACAUCAGAUGACCAGGGAUUAAUUCAGUGGGAAAUGGUUCGAAAAGAGUGGCCCAUCGGAAUGGAACAGGCCAAGGAGCUGAGAAAGGAGCUGAUGGCUGAAAGAACGUGGAUGAAAGAGAAGGAGGCUUCUUGGCUCAAGACGGAAUGGAACUUCUGCGAACAUUGA